AGAGAGUUUAAGUAAGUAGUUGAAGAUAUCAGAAAGAAAAGAAGAAUCUCUCUCGCAGAAAACUUAAGAACCCUAAUAAUUUAUAGCCUCAAAAUGGUACAUUCGAAGAAAUUCCGAGGUGUCCGCCAGCGUCAGUGGGGUUCUUGGGUCUCUGAGAUUCGUCAUCCUCUCUUUAAGAGAAGGGUGUGGCUAGGAACAUUCAACACGGCGGAAGAAGCGGCUAAGGCCUACGACCAAGCCGCGGUUAUAAUGAACGGCCAAAACGCGAAGACCAACUUUCCCGUCAUCAAAUCCAACGACUCAGAUUCUUCAGACAUCAACUCUCUGUCAAGGUCGCCUAAAUCGUUAUCAGAACACCUAAACGCUAAGCUAAGGAAAAACUGUAAAGGCCAGACACCAUAUCUGACAUGUCUCCGCCUCGAUAACGACAGCUCACACAUCGGCGUCUGGCAGAAACGCGCCGGGCCAAAAACGACUCAGAACUGGGUCAAGCUUGUUGAACUUAGCGACGGCGUUAACGCACGGGCCGGUGAUGUUGGGAUUAAUAAGAUGAAGAAAAAAAUCGACGACGUUGAGGAAGAAGAUCAGAUGGCAAUGCAGAUGAUCGAGGAGCUUCUCAACUGGACUUGUCCUGCUUCUGCAUCCAUUUCAGGUCUUCACUAGAUAUUAUUAUAAAAUAAGUUAUAAUUAAUUUAUGGAGCUUUGAAAAAAAUACAGAGCUUUAGUCAAAUACAUUUCGAAUAUAUAUAUGGUAACCUAUAGGCUAUAUAGAUCGAAAUAAGCAGACAUAUACGUAAACACCUUUUCAAAUGUAUACAACUUUUUUUUCUUUUUUAAAUGUAUACAACUUGGUCUGCAUGUAUAAUGUAUACUACGUUAUAAAUAGUAUUCUACUUGAUUAUAAAGAGUUUAUUAUCUCAGUUGUAUUCGUCGACAUGAUAUAAUUACGUA